GAAAUAAUAGGAAAUAGUGACAAGUCGACAUGCGAAAUGUUCCUGACUUUUUCGCUUGCUGUGCGCUGCAUGCGGAAUCCGGAUGUAUGUGCAGACACGAUGGACUUCUCAUUUGCAGCAUAUGUUGGAUUUGUGCAACACUCUGCAAAUGAGGCAGCCAAUAUGCCCGCACAAGCACCCCAGACACGCACGCGCAGUGAAGGAAACACCAUCUUUCUCGGAUUGACAUGCACAGAUAUAUCCACGCCACACAAAAGGGCAAAAGCACCCUUGCACCCAUCACACGUUCACACGACAUGUACCCGCCGGACACCAAUGAGAAAGGCGAGCAUGUGGGGGAAAACCAUACUCGGUCGGUCGCAGACACAGACACAGACAAGGACACGGACACGCAAUUCUUUCACAAAUGCAGUCAGCCGCCUCCCUUCUUCUUGGCCAGGAGAGCCUCACGGAUCUGCAGACACCAAGGAAUACACGCAACACGCACACGGCCAAGCUAUGAAUGUAUUUCUGACCGUCAUUGUGCCGACUGAAUGUUGUCCCUCCCUCCCUCCCUCAAGUACUGACCUCCUUGAAUCUUGCGAGGCAUUCCUUUUUGUUUUUGCCGGGCACGUCAGCGGCGAUGGCCGUCCACCGCUCGUUCACAUCUAUGCUCGAUGGAUGCUUGGACAAAGCACGCUCCAACGCCUACCAAUACACACACCCAACGCAUCCAAACUGUGCUCGCCCGUCGUGCUGCUGUGCCCCUCUCUCUCUAGGUGUUGUGUGUGUACCUGUUGUUGGUCGGCAGUCCAUUCAGCUGCAGGGGCGCUCUCAGCAGCAGCGGGGGCUUGCUUCCCAUCUGCCUGUGUUGGUGGUGCUGCCUGUGAGGGCCCGGACGCGCCGUUGACGCUGGCUGACGACGACGAUGCCGACGCUGAUGGGGCCGCCGCUGUUGUGGUAUCGUCGUCGAGUCUCUGGUCGGCGGGCGCUUCGAUUUUUUUGAAUGCGCCCUUGUUGUGCUGCAUGAACUGGUUGAAGGCCACCUGGUCGAGCUUGGACCCCAUCGACUUGAGCGUCUGGCCCUGAGACAUCUCCUUGGUCUUCUCGAUCACCUACACACACACACACACACACGCAGAGAGAGAGAGAGAGAGAGAGAGAGAACGCGCAAUUGAGUGGAUGGGUGGAUAGAGAUUUACCUCUUCGGGCGUCUUGGUGCCGAUCAUGGCUGCGAUGAGUUGCCAGCGCCUGGCGGUGCCGCCAGGGUGCUUCUGAAGCCCCUUGGCGAGCAUCGACAGCUCGUCCGGCGUCCAGUCGCUCUUCUGCGCUGCGCGACGCGCCUCCUCCGCUGCCUUGCGCUGAGCCUGCAGACAGCAGAAACGGCAAAAGAAUGCGAUGAGUGGGUGGGCGAUGUAUGGAUGUGGGAUUGGUGACAUGACCUACCUCCUGCUGGAUGGCCUUUUGCCUUUUGGCGUCUUCUUCCCUUUGCCUUUCCUCCAUCAUGACGUCGAUCUCGGCGUUGAUCAGACCACCCACACACUCACCCAGACCUGCAUGGCACACAACAGAAGAGCAGAGGUUGAAUAAACAGCGAACAUCGGUGCGCGCGUCUGUGUCGUCGCAUCUCACCCUGUGCGUGUUCGCCGCCCCUCUCCUCGAUGGCGCGUUCGAUCGCGUCGCACAGCUGCUGUAUUUUGUCGAGGGCGAGGUGUGGGACGAGGUCGCCGAACCGCACCACGUCCACCAGCUGCUCGCUGUACGUGCUGUUGUACUUGCGCAGCCUCUGACGCCUGCAGCACACAAAAAGAGGCAGGGAGAAGAGGAAUGGAUGGAUGGAGGUGGGGAGACUGGUGAUGGUUCCUGGUAAACAAACAGACCGACUGACUGACCAUUGCUUGAGGUGUUCCUUUUCGGCUUUCCGCUUGUCCCGCUCGGCCUUCUCCUGCUCCUCACGACGAAGCCGCUCCUCGUGCUCGAGACGCCUGAAGGCAUACAUGAAUAAACGGAUGCAGGCAGCUGGUGGAUGGGUGCAUUCACUGCCGUAGCUGUGUGUCGUGUGCGCACCUCUUUUCUUCCUCCGCCUUCCUGACUUUUUCCUUCUCCUCCUCGAUGGCCCGCCUGCGCGCGUCUUUCUCGUCCUGGCGCUUCUUCCUGGCGGCCUCCUUCUCUGCCAAGAUGCGGGGAUCCCUGAAUGAGGAAAAGAGACCACACGUGGAGGGGUUCAGGGGUGAUGGUAUAGGGCUGUGUGUGGGCUGGGGAGGGGGGGAGGGCUGGGGGGGUUACCUGCUGUAUGCGAGUUCGACGAGCUUCUGUAUGCGCUGUUUGUCCUCCUUCUCGUACUUCUUCCGGAUCUUGGCGUUCUGACGCUCCAUCCACCUAACACACACACACACACACAGGUGUGCAAAUGGAUGCGCAUGUGUCUGUCUGCCAGCUGCUCACUCACCUCCGCUCCUCCCUGAACUCGGCGUCGUUGAGGUCGAAUUCGUCGUGGAUGGAGAAGUCCCGCCACGAGUCGAACUCGUACCAAAAGUCGUAGAACCGGCGCACCAGCUUCAUGUCCGUCGACGAGUCACCAAGCGACUGCACACACCACCCACACACACACACACAACAGCAAAUACACCAGAGUAGACUGACACACCGUGUUGGCUCAUGUGUGGACUCACCGGCACUGGUCUCCGUGUGGACCACUUGGCGUUUCGCUCGAACACGGGCCGCAGCACAUCGAAGAAAUCAGCAGAGACGAAAUCUCUGGCGCCGGGGAUCUCAUCGUCGAAGGGCAGCGCAGAGUCGUACGCGCGACGCAUAUCGGGAUCUGACCACAGCCACAUCCACAACCACGUACAGCACAACCACACCGCCUCUCUGCAUGUGUGCCUGUCCAUCUGACUCACCACUGAGAACCUCAUACGCCUCCUGCAGCUGCAGAAACUUCAUUUUGAGCUCCUCGGCAGCGUCGCCCUCCCCCUCAUCCCCAUCGCCACCGCCACUGUCAGCCCUGUUCUUGUCCGGGUGGUACACGAGCGCCAGCCGUCGGUAUGCCUUGCGGACAUCCUCGCUGGUGCAUCCCUCCGAGACCUCCAGGAUGCGGUAGAGGUUGGGCCCGUCCACCACCCGAUGCAGGAGGUCCUUGCACCCGCCAGGCUGACGCUUCUUCUUCUUCCACGAAUCCUGAAACGAACAAACGAACGAUCACAUGUACGCGAUGUCACAGGAAAGAUCUUUCGCACAUGCAUCAGUCGCCGUGCCGCUCACCUCUUCCUGUGCGUCGUCGUUGCUUCCCUCGUCGUCGUCGUCAUCUCUGUCCUCCUCUCUGCUCUUCCUCCUCUUGGCCUCGCACAGCGGCCUGUCGUGCACCUCGAAGAAGGCACGGCCGGCGUUCUCGAGGCAGCGGGUGGCCGUGCACACACUCAGAUACACCGCCGAGCCCUCCGUGAAGGACGGAUCUGGCGGAGGCAAACACAGCAUCUCUCGGACCAGAUAAGAUGGGUGAAGAAGAUCUGAAUCGCUGGCUGUCAACACAGUUGUAGCCAGUUGGGGUUAUGCGUGGUGUAGCGGUCGUC